AUGUUUUUAUUUUUAAUUCUUUUAUUCUUAAUAAUAUUAUCAUUUUGGAAUUUUAUUUGGAAACGUCGUAAUUUACCUCCAGGGCCAACUCCUUUACCAAUUUUUGGAAAUGCUUUUGCAAUGGAUAGGUUAAUUUAUGAACAAUUCCAAAUUUGGGCAAAAGAAUUUGGGCCAGUUUACACAAUUUGGAUGGGUGAAGUACCUAUAGUUAUGGUUACUGAUUACGAAUUAAUUCGUGAUUUGUUUGUUAAAGAAGGGGAUAUUUAUGCGGGAAGGCAUUUUUUGGUAGAUUUGUUUCAGGAAUUUAGAGCUACCAGAGAUCUGAAAGGAGGGGUAACACGAAUGGAAGGAGAACAAUGGAAAAUUAUUCGCCGUUUUGGCCUUCAAUCUAUGCGAAAUUUGGGUGUUGGAAAGAAUGAACUUGAAAAUAAAUUAAUUAAAGAUUUGCAAAAUUUUAUUGAAAAAUUAAAAAAAGAAUUAAAUACAAAUAUUAUCGGAGAAAUUAAUUUACAAAAAUAUAUUGACAGAAUUGUUGGCUCAACAAUUAAUCGUCUUCUCUUUGGUUAUGCUUUUGAAGAUGAGCAAAUAAACGAAUUUUAUGAAUUAAAAAAUAUUAUGGAUAAUGAACUUGAAUUAUUAUCAAGCAUUACUGGCCGAAUGUUAUUAUCUAUGCCUGGUUUACGUUAUUUACCGGUCUUUUCAAAAACAUUUAAAUUAUUGGAUGAUAAUAUAGAGAAAGUUUUUAUUUAUAUAAAUAGAAUAGUUUAUGAGAGAAUUAAUAAAAUAAAUUUUGGAGAAAAUGAAGAACCAAAGGAUUUACUUGAUUAUUUUUUAAAACAGGCAGAAGAAGCAAAAAAUGCUAAUUGGUCUGAAGAGAAAAAGGAAAACUUUGAUUUGAAGAAUUUGGCACCUUUUUCAUUUGAUUUAUUCAUUGCUGGACAGGAAACAACAGCAAAAACACUUGGUUUUCUAGUUUUAUAUUUGUUACUAGAUCAGCGAGUUCAGAGGAAAUUGCAUGAGGAAUUGGACAAUUUAAGAGAAAAAAAAAUUAAAAAUGGUCUUGAUGCUUAUUUUACAAUGAGUGAUAGAACUAGAUUACCUUAUUUAAAUGCCGUUAUAAAUGAAACUCAACGUUUGGCAAAUUUACUUCCAAUAAACCUUGCCCAUCGUACAAUGAGUGAUGCAAAUAUAUUAAAUAAAUUUAAUCUUAAAAAAGGCACUCCAAUAGUUCCACAAAUUUGUUGUGUUCUUUUUGAUGAAAAAAUAUUUCCACGUCCUUAUAGAUUUGAGCCUGAACGAUUUCUAGAUGAUCAGGGUAUGCUAAAACGUGUAGAGCAAUUAAUUCCGUUUGGUAUUGGUAAAAGAAUCUGUAUGGGGGAAUCUCUGGCCAGAAUGGAAAUAUUUCUUUUUGCCUCAAACUUCUUCAGUCAUUUUGAAGUUCUCCCUGUAGACCCACUUAAUCCUCCUUCAAGCGAAAAAAGACGAGGUCUUACUGUUGCUCCCAUUCAUUAUAAUUGUCGUUUGGUUGCUCGAAACAUUAAUAAUUAA